CUCCCCUUUCUUGUCUCACAGCCGUACGCUUCAUUUCCAUGUUUCUAUCACUGCAGCCCACACCCAUAAUUUAUUUACACGCCCGGAGCGCAUAAUAAUAAUUAUAUAUAUUUGUUGGAAUUGGAAUGGCUCCCAAGGAGAAGGGGACGGCGAUGGCGGUUGCGGCGGCGAAGUUGCACGAUAUUCGGAAGGAGCAAGUGCAUUUUAGGGGUGUGAGGAAGAGGCCGUGGGGGAGGUACGCGGCGGAGAUCAGGGAUCCCGGCAAGAAGAGCCGCGUUUGGCUCGGGACGUUUGAUACGGCGGAGGAGGCGGCCAGGGCUUACGAUAAGGCGGCCAGGGAGUUCCGGGGUUCCAAGGCCAAGACUAAUUUUCCGGUGCCGGAGGAUCUCCUUCCGAUCAAUUUUGCCACGCAAUUACGCGUCGUGAAGAAUAGCGUUUGUGAGAAGAACGCCGGCGGAAACGGACAGAGUCCUAGCCCGAGCAGCACUGUUGAGUCGUCGAGCCGCGACGGCGGCGGGGGCGGUCGUAUCUCGCCCGCCGUGAUGGCGGACUCGUCGCCUCUGGAUCUAAGCCUCGGCGGCCGUGCACCGGUGAUGUUUCCGAUACCGAACCCCCACCGCGUCGUUCCUCACAUGGUCCCCGGCGCGUACCCGGCUGGCGUCUAUCCCGUCAGCCAGUUAGUUUAUCUCAACGCGCUUGCCCGUGCCGUGGCGGUGAACCCUCCUCUCAACCGCCAAGCCGAGACCCUCAAUUUCUUCGCCACCAACGCCAACUUCGGGGACCACAGCGAGUCCGACUCUUCAUCGGUCAUUGACUUGAACGUCGGCUAUCGCGAACCGCGAAAGGUUGGGCCCAUUAACAAUUUCGAUCUCAACCACCCACCGCCUGAGAGUCUCGGAACCGGCGCUCUUUGAUAUUCUCAACUCCAAUCUCUCAAAAAUCUUUUUUGUUUUUUGUUUUUUGUUUUUUUUUUGGUUAAUUUUAGGUGUAAUUUCCUUUUUCAUUAAACCAAAAAAAGGAAAAAACAAAAAAGAGGUGGUAGGAUAUAGGAUAACGGCGAGUGAUUCCGGCGAUCCAUGAAUGACGCCGAUCAUGUGAAUACUUUAAAUUGAUCUGAUCUCCCUUUUUGCAACAGAGAAAAAUCUUUAUGGUUUCCGGCUGUUGUUAUCCAGCGCUCAUCUUUCCGAUGAGCCUGCAAUUCUCAUCUUAAUUACAUCUUUAAUCGGAUCAGUUUUCCAGUUUU